AUGGGCAUCUCUCGAGACUCCCUGCACAAGCGCCGUGCCACCGGUGGCAAGCAGAAGCCGUGGAGAAAGAAGAGAAAGUACGAGCUCGGCCGUCAGCCGGCGAACACGAAGCUCUCCUCCAACGUCACCGUGCGCCAGGUGCGCUGCCGAGGCGGCAACGUGAAGCACCGCGCGUUGCGCCUCGAUACCGGUAACUACUCUUGGGGUUCCGAAAACUGCACGCGUAAGACGCGUAUCUUGGAUGUCGUGUACAACGCGUCGAACAACGAACUCGUGCGCACGAAGACGCUCGUGAAGAGCGCCGUCGUGGCGGUCGACGCCGCGCCGUUCCGCGCGUGGUACGCCCAGCACUACGGCAAGAAGAUCGGCAUCAAGGUUAAGAACGGUGCGAAGGUUGAGGAAGAGGACAUUGAUGAGAAGCGAUCCAAGUCGGUGACCAUGAAGUUGCGCCGACGCAACAGAGAUCACGCCGUCGAGAGUGCCAUUGACGCGCAGUUCUCCACGGGUCGUCUCUUGGCCAUUGUCACGUCUCGCCCGGGUCAGUGCGGACGCUGCGACGGUUACAUCUUGGAGGGUAAGGAGCUUGAGUUCUACCAGCGUAAGCUGAGCAAGAAGCACCACAACGCCGCCACCGCAGCGGCCGUUGCCAACUAG